AGUGGGGCGGAGCCGUGCCGACCUUCUGCGCAGGCGCAGCUGGUCGAGCACGCGCGGCGCAAUGCCGGGGAAGCAUUUAUCAAGAGUCCUGUCUUUAUAUAGGCGGAUCUUGCAGCUACAUCGGGCUCUGCCCCCGGACCUCAAAGCCCUGGGUGACCAGUACGUGAAGGACGAAUUUAGGAGACAUAAGACUGUUGGUCCUGGCGAGGCCCAGCGUUUCUUGAAGGAAUGGGAGACAUAUGCAGCAGUGCUGGGGCAACAAGCUAAGGACAGCAGACAAAGUUCAACUGGAAAAGCAUGUUUUGGCACCUCUCUCCCAGAAGGAAAACUCAAUGACUUUCGUGAUGAGCAAAUUGGACAGUUGCAAGAGCUGAUGCAAGAAGCUACUAAACCCAAUCCGCAGUUUAGUAUCACUGAGUCUACAAAACCACAGUUGUGAUAAAAUAAUCCUAACAAAGUGGCUAAAGUUUAUAACCUGUUACCUCAUCUACCACUGACUCUCUAAAACAUAUUCUUUCAGCUCUAAUGGAAUAGUCUCUUAUUUUUGGACAGUGUGAAUUACGCAUGCAUCAAGAUCACAAAUGCUACACUAAUGCCAUCCUUGCAAUGACAUAUUUAUUUGCUCUGUGGAAUGUAGUUUUAUGGAAUUUAACUUCUGGACUAACAAAAGGUGUUAAAAAAGAAUACACUUUGGAAUUAUGCUGAUAUUUUUUUGUAUAUGAAUUUGUUUUAAAUUCUGUUCCCAUCAAGCAUUAGCUUUCUGAUUUGUCUCUAGCUUCAUCAGUUAAAUAAACAUAUCAUAAUAAUGGAA